GGGAAAAAAUUAAACGGACUGCAUUCAAGAUAAUGGAGGUCUUAUCUGCAGCCGAAAAGCUGAUAGCGCGCCGAGCCGAGCCGUGUGUUUGUAGCUGCGUGCCAGUUGAAAUUAAGAGUCGGAAGGAAUUCAGCAGUCUCGGAGGCAUGUUCCCUUUGAAAAAGCGGCCCUCCGACAGCCAUCGGUGGCUUAUCAGUGAGAACGAUCCUGAAGAGGAACUCGGCCGAAGCGAACCACCCCAGAAAUGCUGCCUACGGAUCGUGUUGGUGGUCAUGACGAUCGUCACCGUCGUCCUGACGAGCAUUGCACUUGCGAUUUUGAUCGCCGCUUCGAUCUCGGACAACCAAAGUUGGGAGGAGGAGAUGGUCGAGAUUAUGGCCGAGCUGAAGGCGAUGCACUUUGAUAAUACGGUGCAAAUUUUGGCAACAAACUCAUCUGCAACCGUCAUACUCCGUGCCACCUCAACUGUCACAACCACCAUCAAAUUAACCUUUGGUCAGGAUGUUGGUCACCUUCAAGAUGCAGCUCCCGUCUCCUGUUUGGAACAGGCCGGCGAUGUUCUGACCUGCCUUUCUUGGAACGACACCGCGCGGCUCACAGUGGCCGAAUUUCCCAUCGCCAGCAGCAGUGCCCGCUGCAUGAAUGUGACUCUGCACGCCUCUCAAGCAACGGCCUGUUUUAAUUUUGAGGGGCGCCAUAUUUUCGGUGGACCUGAAUUGAGCACUCAGAAGUGGCCAGCCGAGGGAAACAGGGCGUACGUCCGUGUCCCAUAUCUGAGCGGGUACGAUGGAAUCAAAGGGGUGGUUGAAAGGUACUGGCUCACGUCUCUGGGCGAGAUGGUUUUUGUGCCAAGCCACGUCCCAUUGUUCUGGACCACCAAUGGUACUGAGAUGUGUUUCACAAGCUCUUUUGAACCUCCAUAUUACAAAAGCGCAGACGAGGAGGAAAAGUUGGAUCUUGUCGUUUGCGCCGCCGAGGACACGCCGAUGGUUCACAAAGCCGUGGCCAAUGUAUUUCUAGGCAAGCCCGAGGCGCCGUUGGAUGAAAACAUGAUCCGGGUGCCGAUUUGGUCGACCUGGGCCAAAUACAAGGCGAAUAUUUCCCAACUGUCUGUCGUGGAUUACGCAAUGCAGAUCGUGGAAAACGGUUUCCCCGCCAGCCAAAUAGAGAUUGAUGACAAAUGGGAAACGUGUUACGGGGAAGCGAGGUUCGACAACGAAUCGUUCCCCGAUCCAAAAGAAAUGGUCAACCAAAUACACGAUCUUGGUUUUCGCGUGACCCUGUGGACUCAUCCGUUCGUGAACACCAAUUGCCCGUCGUUUACAGACGAUGCCAUUCAAAAUAUUUUGGUUCAAGAUGCAAAUGGCAAUGCCUCAAAAGUAACCUGGUGGGACGGAGACGCAGGGCUGAUCGAUUUCACAAAUCCCAACGCGGUAGAUUUGUUUUUGGUGCGACUUCUGCUUUUGAAAGAAAACUUCUUAAUUGACGGUUUCAAAUUUGAUGCUGGUGAUAUGAGUUACGUCCCUGCUAACGGGUCCCUCCAUUCCAUCCGCGGCCAGCCCGCAGCCUUCACAAAAGCGUACGCCGAGGCGGCCGUUCGGAUAGACGAUCAUCUGCAGCACUUGUCUGAAAUGCGCACCGCUUUCGGCAUGCAGAGGCUGGCUCUGGCGGUGCGAAUGUCCGACAAAGGGAGCACGUGGGACGACGAGAACGGACUGGCCGCCCUGAUUCCCACCCUGCUCACGUUCAACCUGGUCGGCUACUCGAACGUGAUGCCUGACAUGAUCGGCGGCAACGGCUACGACAACGUCCUGCCGGACAAAGAGCUCUUCAUCAGGUGGAUGCAGGCGGUCACCUUCAUGCCCAUCAUGCAAUUCUCCAUUCCGCCCUGGGACUUUGACCAGGAGACCGUGGAAAUUGCCAAGGAGUGCGUGGAGCUGCACGUGAAGCUGGCCGACUCUUUUUACGCCCUCGCAAGACAAAGGGCCGUGGCUGGAAUUCCAAUCAAUCUGCCAGUGUGGUGGAUUGCGCCGCACGACUCAAUAGCCCAGACCAUCGACUCAGAGUUCUUGCUGGGCGAGAACAUUCUGGUGGCGCCUGUGCUUGAAAAGGGCGCAACCUCGAGGGACAUCUAUCUGCCCGCGGGGGUGUGGCGGGAAGGAUUUGGGGACGAUGAGAGCAGGCCUAUCCACGAGGGUCCCGUCUGGCUGCGAAAUUUCUCGGCUCCGCUCCGUCACCUGCCAUUUUUCCAACGGGCGACGACUCUCGUUAAAUAAAAACGGACCGGAGCAGAGCAGAGCAGAGGGUAUGCUCUCUUUCUCCGCCUACCAAGAUAAGCAACUUUUAAUUAUACCCCUGAGCGACACACCAUUUUUUAACACAAUAAAAGUUUUCGCCACCGCGCCGCUUUUGAAUCCAUCUCUCAACGCCGCCGUGGCUCAUAUAAAAGACGAGAAGUUUCCCUUUGUAAAUUUUCCUCAGGUUGCAUAGCUUUCCCAACAGGGUCGUAAUAAUGCCGAGGGAAGAAGUGCGUGUGUGUUUGCCGUGUUUAUUGCACCACGCCAUGCUGGUUCGGCAAACACCAAGGGACUGCUUCUUUGGACUUUUGUGUAAUUCCAGUUUAUUAAACACGCCUGUAAAAUGCAGAAGUUGGAUUCUACCCCGUAAUUAUGACCUAGAUUUCUUUUGCCAUGUUUUACUUUUGUAUAUCGGGACAGCAGUUGCGAUAGAGCUUAAUUUCUUGGCGAAACUUUUAGAGUGUUCAGAAGGGUGCAAAGUAAAAAAAAUAUUAAAAUGAUACACGAACAAGGUGAACAAUAAACUGAGUCAGUGGCUCCACACCUUCGCCGCCUCAAGAAAAUGUGAUGAAUAAAAUUUAAAAUUUAGAUUUAAGGCAGAAACGUUUGUAAUAUGAUGGAAUAAAGUGGCCUUAUAUUAGGUAGAAAAUGUAUAGUUU